AUGAUUGUGCUUUUUCUGGUGCUCCAUUUUGUGCUCAUGAUUGUGCUUUUUCUGGUGCUCCAUUUUGUGCUCAUGAUUGUGCUUUUUCUGGUGCUCCAUUUUGUGCUCAUGAUUGUGCUUUUUCUGGUGCUCCAUUUUGUGCUCAUGAUUGUGCUCUUUCUGGUGCUCCAUUUUGUGCUCAUGAUUGUGCUUUUUCUGGUGCUCCAUUUUGUGCUCAUGAUUUCUUUUAGUCUGGCCAAUUUUAUGCUCAUGCUUGUGCUUUUUCUGGUGCUCCAUUUUGUGCUCAUGAUUGUGCUUUUUCUGGUGCUCCAUUUUGUGCUCAUGAUUGUGCUUUUUCUGGUGCUCCAUUUUGUGCUCAUGAUUGUGCUUUUUCUGGUGCUCCAUUUUGUGCUCAUGAUUGUGCUUUUUCUGGUGCUCCAUUUUGUGCUCAUGAUUGUGCUUUUUCUGGUGCUCCAUUUUGUGCUCAUGAUUGUGCUUUUUCUGGUGCUCCAUUUUGUGCUCAUGAUUGUGCUUUUUGGCGGCCUGGUUGUGGCCUGCGCGUGCUGGGCGCGCAAAGUGGAGGCUGAGGGCCGGGCAGAACUGGCCUUAGCUGGCCUGGGCUGA